AUGAACUUGCUCCCUUUGAACGACACUUACAUCGUUUUGUCAUCAGAUCUCAAUUUUUACUACUUAUUGCAUGUCCCGGUCGCUGCGAUGUAUUGGAUUGGGAAGGGAGUAAAGGUGUUACUCGUCAUUGUUCUCAAGGAGAACGAGGAUGCAGAUGAUCGGGAUUUCGCGCUGGUUGAAUUACUAAACUUUUUGGAGGGCGAAAUGAAUGUAAGCAGGGGUUGCGAUUUUGAUUAUGUUUCAGCGAAAAAUUAAGUGCCGCAGGGGCAAGUGUUACUUGGAGGCAAAAUGAAAUCAAACCUUUUUGUGAAACGUUUGUAAAUUUGGCAGAAAUCGCGCUGAAAUUUAGGGCAAGAAAUACUAGUCGCGACAUAAAGUCCUGACACAUUUUGCACCGUGCAUUCUUCUUUCAUUUUAUCCGCACUGUGCAUCUUUUCGCAUUUGUCGCCGCGAUUUCCCGUUUUUGCACUAGCGACGUGCACUUUCGCGCGCGACAAACCCGAAUUUGGGGGCGCGACGUCCAAACCCAGAACUUUCGCACGGUCAAAAUGUGUCAGGGCUUCAUGUCGCGACUAGUACCAUUUUCCAUUCAAAUCCGUUCCUAAAAUUAUACGUAGUGUGCAGCACAUAAAGCCAAUUUCAAAAAAAGCUAAAUAUGUUUGACGACCUCCCUUUCAUCAGAACGUUGCCCUUUUCAGGUGAAAGUGAUCUACUACCGUAACUACACGAUCCCUUCUUCCCAAUUCUCCCAAACAGUCAGAGCUUUUGCCGCAGGCUCUGAGUUCGCCCAUACUUUGGAUCCGGAUAAAACGGUCUUCGUUACAAGCGACGUUGACUUUUUCCCCCGCAAUAUAUCAUCUCAUAUCCCGAAGACUCAUCAAGGAAAAGAAAUAAUGACCUACGGCACCGACGGCAACGAUUGGAUUCGAUGGCUCGGCGAGAAAUACCACAUGUACAGCAUGACUUCAGUGGGGAUGACAUUGAGGCGGUGGAGAGAAGUCGUUGGUAAGUUUUUAUAAUUAUUUCUAUACGGUUCAUUAAAGUUCAAGUCCGAGGCCAACGUAUUUUCUUCUAGGCAUCCCACACGACCGACCAGUCGAUGGGAAAUUCAUCGACAGCUAUGUAAACAAGACAUUUGACGAGAGGAUUCAUCGGAAAACUCUGUUUUGGCAAUGGUUUUUGGAUCAACGAUUCUUGAGCCUUAAAAUUAAGCAUUGGAUUGAUAAAAAUGAGGAAAAGUAAGGUCCCAGACAUCAAUACAAACAUAUUAUUCUGCAGGUUUCGCCAAAUAUCUGAAAGAUCUGUCUCAGGAGAGCGAUUGGACCGAAAACACUGGCCAGGUUCUGAAGAAUUAGAGAAAAUGAAUCUCUGGGAAAGGUAUGAAAGCGCUCACCUAACUCCUGGAAUCAUACAUGAUCAAGUUUGGAACGCAAACAUGCCAUUUUACAAGAAGAUAUUCACUGAAGACCAAAUUAAACAACUGGCGGGGAUCAGAGAAAGGGUGUUGUCAGCAAGGGAUAUUAAAAAGUACAUUACACAUUGGUAUCAUCCAGAGUUCCAAGAUGCCUUCUGGAAGACCAGUUUUAAUAUAAAAGAUAUGCUUAACAAAACUCAGCCCUUGACAUAA